AGGAACUUCCGUCUGUUUUUAGCUUCUGACGCUAUUUCAUAGGGAAACGAGAGUCGAUCUUUGUAUUUUAAUGUCAAAAUGGGGGCUUGUUUGGCCUUGUGUUCUGUAGCCAGCUGUGUCUCCUGUCUGUGUGGCUCAGCACCGUGCCUUCUGUGUGGCUGUUGUCCAUCCUCCAACAACUCCACAAUCACACGGCUGGUUUUCUCCUUCUUUUUGCUGCUGGGGACCUUUGUGUCAGUCAUCAUGAUCCUGCCUGGAAUGGAGACACAGCUCCGCAAAAUCCCAGGAUUUUGCCAGGGAGGAACAACUAUACCUGGUGUCGAAAACCAUGUCAACUGUGAUGUCAUUGUGGGCUACAAGUCUGUGUACCGUAUGUGUUUUGCCAUGACCUGCUUCUUCUUUAUGUUCUCCGCCAUCAUGAUUCGUGUCCGUAGCAGCAAAGACCCACGUGCAGCUGUUCAGAACGGGUUCUGGUUCUUUAAGUUUCUGAUCCUUAUUGGGAUAACAGUGGGAGCCUUUUUCAUCCCUGAUGGAACAUUUCAUACUGUGUGGUUUUAUUUUGGAGUGGUGGGAUCCUUCAUCUUCAUUCUAAUCCAACUUAUUCUGCUCAUCGACUUUGCUCACUCCUGGAAUAAGGUGUGGGUAGAAAAUGCUGAAAACAGUGACAACAAAUGCUGGUUUGCAGGCUUGUUAUCUUUCACCGUCCUCCUCUACGGCCUGGCUAUCACUGCUGUGGUUCUGUUUUAUGUUUACUACACAACACCUGAUGACUGUACAGAGCACAAAGUCUUCAUCAGCCUCAACCUGAUCUUCUGUAUCAUUAUAUCCAUUGUCUCAAUCCUACCCAAGAUACAGGAAGCCCAACCACACUCUGGCUUGCUCCAGGCUUCGCUCAUCUCCCUCUACACCAUGUAUGUCACAUGGUCUGCAAUGACCAACAAUCCAAAUCGCAAGUGUAACCCCAGCCUGUUGAGUCUCGUGUCGAACGUCAGCACCACUGAACCGUCUGGUGACAGCACCCCAGGACAGGUGCAGUGGUGGGAUGCUCAGGGCAUUGUUGGUUUGAUCAUCUUCCUCUUCUGUACUCUCUAUGCCAGUAUCCGCUCAUCUAGUAACACCCAAGUCAACAAACUGAUGCAGACAGAGGAGGGUGGAGGGUCAGGUGGAGAGGGUGUAGUGGGAGAGGACGGCAUACGCAGGGCAGUGGACAAUGAGGAAGAGGGAGUCACUUACAGCUACUCGUUUUUCCACUUUCACCUCUGUCUGGCCUCUCUGUACAUCAUGAUGACUCUCACCAACUGGUACCAACCAGACACCACCACCCAGGCCAUGCAGAGCAGUAUGCCUGCUGUGUGGGUGAAGAUGAGCUCCAGCUGGCUGGGCCUCGGGCUCUACCUCUGGACCCUCAUUGCCCCUCUCAUCUUGCCUGACAGGGAUUUCAGCUGAGUCUCUUCAUGUCUUUUAGCUAUAUUUGUUUUUUGUUUUCUUGCCUAGUAUGUUAGGCAGUGUGAAGGAUGCUAUAAGGGAAAUAAGAAGGGUAUUAUAAAGGAAAUGCAUUUCAUUUCUUUUUAUUCCUUUGUCAAAUAAUUGCCUCUGCUGUUGUGCUUCUGUUGUUUUAACAAUAUGAUUAUUGCGUGUUAUAAUCACUGCAUGUGUUUAAAGGGUCAGUGUGUAGGAUUUAGUGGCAUUUAGCGGUGAGGUUGCAGAUUGCAACCAACUGAAUACCACCUCGCUCUCCACUUCCAAACAUGUACAAUGGCAAGCAAAACUCACAGAAAGUGAAAGGUCCUCUUUUGAGAGCCAGUGCUUUGUUUGUCAGGAACAGCAGGCUCCUUGGAAGAGGACCUGCUCCAUAUGUAGAUAUCAAGGGCUCAUUCUAGAUAAAACAAACACAACCGCUCUGGUGUUCAUGCAUUAUACAUUAAUUAGAACAUAUCAAUAUUUUAUUCAAUUUCUGCCAGAUCCCUUUCUCUGGACAUCACUAAAUUCUACACACUGCACCUUUAAAAGUGGAUGUUUUUUUUGUUUUUUUUUACUUAUCCUGGUUGAUGAUGGUUUUAGCCAGUAGAAGUGUUUUAUUUGCCAAUGACUCACUUUGGUCCCCUUUACUGGUACUUUACACCUGAUUUGGUACAGCUAUAUGAAUCUUAUCUUUUUGCUGAAUUUUAGUUACUGAACUAUCACAAAUACUCUACAACAAUGCACUUUCUCAAUACCUCAGAUGUUUCAGUUACAGAUUCCGUUUUUAGGACCAACAAGAUCAGACUUCUCUGAUUGGCCAGGUCUGGAAUCCCCCUGAUUAGCUGGACUGUUUUAGUGCUGGGGGCAACGAAGGGGAACCCCAACAUGAGGUGAGUGUGAGAGUUAGAUAAGACUAAUAUGGCACGCCCUGCAGAUCGGAACAGGGCUUCCCUUUCACUGCUAGGCUGUAUGCAAAACUACGUCACUACACCUUGAGAGUCCUAAUAGACCCUCUCUCAGCUCUUCCUUGUGUACUCUAAGCUAAGGUAAUUUAUCUCUGGUGCUAUGCCUUUCUGUGUCUGACUGUGUUUGGCCUUGUACAGCCAUGGGCAACAAUCUGUACCUGUAUAGCAGUCAGUUUGCAGCAGGGAGACAUAUAUUGAUCCAUAGCAGUGAGCAUCAUGCAAUGCAGUGUGGUACGAUACAGGAGGUGAUGGCAUGCUCUCCAACUCUCAACCACCUGUGCUCUCACAAAAGCCAUUAUUUCCAGAAUUCUGCAGAAUAUGUGAUUGACUGGAGGAAAAAAGGAUUUUUAAAUAAUACGAUGUACAAAACAAUAACAAAGCAUUUCAGAAAAUAUCACUAAUUGCUGUUAAAUGGUAUUGACGUACGUAGUAUGUUAAUGGUUGUAAUGGUGGUACAGUAAUUUUAUGCAUUAUAUUGUAGUUACCUCAAUAUCGGUAUGAAUGGAAGGAAUUAAAAUGAAGUCAGUAUAUUUUGUACUUGUACAUUUUUGGUACAAUCCUGAAAAUGUUCCUUUGUCUAUGUUCCAAUAUCUCCACGCCCACACAAAUUAAUCACAUGUCCUGUUUCUCUGACAGCAGACAAGUAUUGUGAAUGGAAUUUUUCAAAGUGCUGUGCUUAGUUGAAAUUUUUUUUGUAUUGAUUUUCUAUAUAAAACAGUUUAAAUACGUUGUACAUUUUAACAUCACCUUACUAAGGACAAAUUGUGAAGGCUGAAUUGCCAAUGUUUUGUCAUAUCAUGUAACAUUUAAAAACACUAAGAGCUUUUUUUAUAGUCCUGUGUUUAAAGAAGAAAUUAUCACUAAUGCUGAUUUGUGCGUUUUAUGCCUUGCCUUACACAUUGUGGUGUGUCAGUCAUUGCAUGCCAUAAGGCACACGCUUAAGACAUGAGUUGAUAUUGUAAUUAAUGUAUAAACCUUGUUUUUAAUAAAGAUGGGAAUCUUUCGCUCA